AUGAGCUCGAUCCCUCAACAGACCGGCCUUCAAACUCAAGGACAGAGUACGUCGUCAGCCCAGGCCGCCUCGCACUCUUCCACCCCUUCACUCAGUGGGAAAACCUCGCCCCAGGCGCCGGUUUCCACUUCGUCCUCGACCUCUUCCGCGGUGCCUCGUUCCUACGCAAACGCGACCAAGAAGUCCGCGACGGACUCUACCGCCGCCGCUCCCGUCACCGUGGGUGGCUCAUCGCAACAUGGGAAGUCGACCUCAACUUCUGUGAGCGGCAAACCCAUGCAGCAAUCUCCAAACCCGACCAUUGUGAAUGGCGCCCCUGCGUCGGGAACCCCUCAAGGCGACCACCAAAGAAAGCCCUCGGUGACCAUCACCGCAGAGUACAACCCUAGCCGAGCGCAGACCGGUCGUCCCAAUAGCCUCCAGUUUGGCUUCGCCAACCAGCAGCCGACCUCGCCGAACAUGGGAAAUCCCGCCGCCUUGGCCAACCAGCCUCAACCGGGUCUGGGCGUGACGGCCUCGACGAACCCUCGUGCAACCUCGCCGCAGACUUCGCCGUCGCCUAUCCCUCAACCCGCCUCGAGUGGUGGUCGCCCGCCGCCAUCUUCAUACCCAGCUCAGGUAAACUUUGGCAGCUUUGGAAAUACGGGUGAUAAUACUGCUCAGGCACCCCUUGGCCCCGGUCCUCAGUCAACUCAUCUGCGCCGCGAAUCUUCGCAGUCAACGCAUAGCGACCAUAUGGGCAACGGACCCGGCCGCGGUGGCUAUUAUCACCAGGGUGGCCGUGGCCGUGGACACUCACAAUCUAGUCAUCAGGGUCAAAUGCCGUACUCGCCUUCUAACAGCUUCCGUACCCCCAACCAGCCUCGAGGCGGACACAAUAUGGGCCCUCAGUUCCAUCCCCCGAACCAGGGCCGACCUAUGCACGGAUUUCCUUCCCCACAAGCCAGCCGCAGCCCAGCGCUAGCCAACGCACAGCCUUUGACUCCCCAGAUGGGUCCGGUUCCCAUGGCCCAUGCUCAGAUGCCUCCUCAGCCUUACGGCGCUUAUCCUCAACAUAUGGGACCCCAAGCAACCUAUCCAUAUGGCGACCCUAACUACGGGGCGUACUAUCCAAACUACCAGUACAUGGCACCUGCCUCGCCCCAACCCGGACGCCCCGUGCCGUACACCCAAUCGCCCUACAUGCAGAACCAGUUUCCUGUUCCACAAGGUAUUCCCCAAGCCACUGGCUUGGCGCGGACACCCUCUCAGGUUUCCGACCGACCUGGCUCCAGCUUAGGCCAGAAUCAACCCCAGCCUGCUGCAGUUCCUUCGUCGCCUGGCCACGCACAUACUCCUAGCCGCUCUUCCAACACAUCCGCCGGAGGGGGUAAGGCUCCCGCGUUUGUCAUUCCUCAACAAGCGCGCAAGGCGAUCACUAUCCGUGAUCCUGAUAGCGGCAAUGUGAAAACUUUCGAAAAGACUCCCGCAUCUCCGGCCCGCGUCACACCAUCUCCUGUUAAGGUUGCAACGCCAACCCCUACUCCACCACCACGAACUGGAAGUAGCACAGACCACACUCGCUCUACUUCCAUCUCUGCCAAGACUGCUGCUGAGAAGAAGCAGGAGUUGAAGGACGCAGUCCUCCAAAAGAUGCAACAACAGGAGCAGGCGGAGACAAAGCGAAAGGAGGAGGAGGAGGAGGCUACUAAGCGCAAGGAGCAGGAUGAGCAGGCGGCCAAGAAGAAGCAGGAAGAGGAAGAGGCCCGCCAGAAGAAGGAGCAAGAGGAUGCUGCUGCUAAGAAGCAGGCUGCUGAUGAAGAGGCUGCCCGGAAGGCUGUAGAGGACCUGAGCCUGAAUGAGAAGAAGGACGCUCCUGCUGCGAAAACCUCCAAGUCCUCCGAACCGACCCCUGCCCCGGCAGAUGAUGAGGAUGACAUUGACUACGAUGCUAUCGAAAAGGAGAUGGCUGAACUUGAAGCCAAGGAAGCCGCCGCAGAAGCUGCAUACUACGCCAGGAAGCAGGCCCAGAAGGAGGAACAGGAGCGCAAGGAGAAGGAAGAGCUAGAGUCCUACGAAGCCAACAUGAAACAAGCCGAACGCGAAGCUGAAGCUCUCGAGGAAGCCAAGGAGAAGAAGCGCCAAGCUGCUGAGGAAACAAGCACCAAGGAAACGUUCGCCUCUCUGAAGAAGGGCGGAUUACCUGCCACAGAGGCUAGCACUCCUGCCGAUAGCGGUACUGUUACCCCUGUAUCGGACUCCUCCAUGCCUCCUCCCGCCAAACCUGCUAGCGCCGCAGCAACCAAACAGAAGCCCGCUGCUCUCAAGCUGGAAACCAACAAGGCUGUCGAACCUCCUCAGCCCACAGCCGGUAUGAAGUCUCUAAACUCUGCUCGCUUCGUGGACGAUCUGAGCAAGAUCUCUUACCCUACCUCAAUUGCCUCCCCCAACCCAGCGCUGAACUCAAGCGCGCCUGCCGACCGCAAGUUCCAUUACAACAAGGAGUUCUUGUUGCAAUUCCAGGCUGUAUUUAAGGAGAAGCCUUCAAUCGACUGGGACGCGCGUGUGCGUGAAACUGUUGGUGAUACCGACUCUUCCCGUCCUCAAUCUGCCCGUACUCCAAUGGCUCGCAACCCAUCUCGUGGCGGAGCUCAGUCUGAUUUCCAAAUGGGUACUUUCGGUCAGUCGACCCCCCGCCAGGCCUUACCUCCGGGCACCACCUCUGAACAGCGGUUUGCUCUGUCCAAUUCGCGCACUCCUUCCUUACCCUUCGGCCAAUUCCGGAGCUUCCCCAUGGGCAGUGGCGCCACGCCCCUCAGUCGCACCAACUCAUCUCAUGCUAUGAUGCCUCAGUCUCCCCGUGUUGGAUCGAGCAACCGGUCCGGCACGCGCCAGGGCAGCAAACGCGGCGGUCCCGGCGGAAAGCAACACGGCAGGAAGGACGAGGAUAUGCCUCUUACAGCUGGAAAAGAACUUGAAGGUUUGCAGGUAUCCACUACUGGAUGGAAACCUCGCAGUCUUGGCCAGGCCGCUGCUUCUUCAGGUCCUACACCUGGCGGUCUCAUGCCUCCUGAUGUUGUUCAGCGCAAGGUCAAGGGUGCUCUGAACAAGAUGACCCCGGAGAACUUCCCGCGUAUCUCUGGCCAGAUCCUGGAGAUUGUGUCCCAGUCCAAGGAUGAAUCAGACGGGCGCACUCUACGACAAGUUAUCCAGCUCACAUUCGAGAAGGCUACCGAUGAAGCACACUGGGCUUCGAUUUAUGCCAAGUUCUGCAAGAGUAUGCUUGAGAGCAUGAGCGCCGAUAUUAAAGAUGAGAAUAUUCGUGACAGGAACGGCAACGUGGUUGCCGGCGGCAGUCUGUUCAGAAAGUAUCUUCUCAACCGUUGUCAAGAGGAGUUCGAGCGCGGUUGGAAGGUCAACCUACCUCCCAAGCCCGAAGGUGUUACGGAGGAGGCUGCUAUGAUGUCCGAUGAGUACUACGCUGCUGCUGCCGCCAAACGUCGUGGUCUGGGUCUUGUGAAAUUUAUUGGUGAAUUGUACAAGCUGGGCAUGUUGACAGAGCGUAUCAUGCACGAGUGUGUGAAGAAGCUUGUUGAUUACGAGGGUGUUCCAGACGAGGCUGAAGUCGAAAGUUUGACCAGCCUCCUGCGCACCAUUGGUGCUUCUCUCGACGCAUCGGAGAAGGGUCACGCGUUUAUGGACGCCUACUUCCAGCGUAUCCACUUGAUGGUUCAGACCCCCAACCUUCCAAGCCGUCUCAGGUUCAUGUUACUGGAUAUUAUUGAUUUGCGUAACGCCCGCUGGCGAUCGAAGGAUUCUGACAAGGGUCCCAAGACUAUUCAGCAAAUUCGCGAGGAGGCUGCGCGUGCACAGCAAGAAGCAGAGAUGGAGCGUAUGCGCCAGCAAGCAAACCGCGGAGGUGGUGGCCGUGGCCCCAUGGGACGUGGUGAUGCCCGUAGCUUCUCGUCAGGAUACGGACAGGCACCCCCGCCUGAUUACGCUUCUAGCAAGGUUGGAAGCGACGAUCUCCGCCGUCUCCGUACCACUCGCAACACCAACCAGCCCAUGUCCUUUGGACCUUCUAGCAUGCUCGGCUCUCGCAGUAACAGUGGUCGCAAGAACCUUGGCCCUGGAGGCAACUUGGUUCGUGGUAGCGAUGACAGUGCAGCCAGCAGCCGUACUGGGACACCCCCUGCCGGUAAGAAGGAAGAUAAGGAGGCUGCGUCCUCAAUGAACGCUUUCAGUGCUCUGGCUCAAUUACAAGACCCGGACAACUUGGCCACAUCACCUCCAUCAAACCCUACCUCUCCUGCGAUGACAAAAUUACAACCCGCUGUUGAGCGUCGACCCUCCGCGACCCCGUCAAAGGAUGGCGGCGGUGGCGAAGAAGCAUCAUAG